AUGUCGCAUGCACAGGAUCCCACCAUUGGCGACGACGAGCUUGCUACAACUGCCACCGCCGGCUACAAGGUUGGCGAGAAAAAGUCGCUCGCUGAAUACUCGCAGCUGGAUGCGGAAGACGAGUCGCUAGCAAGAUGGAAGGCAAGCCUCGGAAUUGGCGCUUCCACCAGCGCCGUCGACCCAAAUGCUCCUAAGCUCUCACUACACAGUCUCUCCCUAGUAUCGCCAACAGCACCUGGCGGAAGCAUCUCGAUCAACCUCCAGCAGCCCAAAGAGCAGCUUGCACAGAUCAAGCAGAACCCCCUCUCGGUCAAGGAGGGCGUCGAGUACAGUGUCAAGAUUCGGUUCAGCGUGGGAAGCGACAUUCUCUCGGGUCUCAAGUACGUUCAGGUGGUCAAGCGGGCCGGCAUCAAGGUCGACAAGAUGGAAGAGAUGAUCGGAUCCUACGGUCCACGACCCGAGCCAUAUGAAAAGACGUUUGCUUCCAGUGAGGCACCCAGCGGUAUGAUGGCUCGUGGCAACUACAGCGUACGCAGUCGUGUGGUCGAUGACGACAACCACGUUUUUGCCGACUGGGAGUGGGCUUUCAAGAUCGCCAAGGACUGGUAA